AUGGCUUUAAAAAGUGAAUUUGAUAGCUUGGACGAAGAAGUGAAAGAACUUUUGUUAAAUUACAAAUUUAAGAAGGCCACCAGUUACGAACCGUGUACUAUUAAAAACUUCAAAGAAUGUUUAAUUGGAAUAAAUGAGGAGUUUGGUCUUCAGAACAUCAUUUACACGUUCAAUCCGCACUUAGACGUUGAAAACGAUACCUUAACCCCGGAAGCUUUAGUAAAACUUAUUAACGCCAUAUGGAUAUUGCUGCAUAAUUAUAAGAGUAAAACUGAAAAAGUUGAUAGAUUAGAAGAGCGUAAUCACAUUCUUGAAAGUAAUAACAAUCAGCUGAACGGUGUAGUGAGUAAAUUAAAAGAAAAAAUUACGUUGGAGAAAAACGAAUCAAAAGCUUGUGUAGCUUCAGCGCAAAGAGUAUCUGACCAGUCAAGUGAAAUACACCAAAAGUUUGUGGAAAUCCGCUCAAAACUAACGCAGAUUACUAAACAGAAAGAGACAACUGAAAGGGCUUUGCAAAACAAACUUUCGAAACUGCAGUUGGAAAAUAAUAAAUUGACUGAUAAAUUAAGGAACAAAUCUGACUCUCAUGCCCCAUGUUCAGAAAUAUGUGACUCUACAAUCAAUCAAAUAAGGGAACGAGAGAAAAAUCAAAGAAAAAUCAUAACAAAACUUCAAAAUAGUAAUCAAGCCCUAAUACAUGAAAUAAUGGCUUUAAAAGAAGUUUUAUUGUUGGAGGGACUUAAAGAUAUC